CUGACUGACCCUCUCGCUCUCAUUACACAUCAUUGGGUCUUGCUCAUAUAGACCAUAUACAAAGUCAUACUACAAAGGGCUGACUACUGUUAUUUUUUCGUCAUGGUCAAUAUUAAAAACCUAGUCUGAAUAUCGUUCCAAUGUAUUCUGUACUCUAGUGUCCACCGUCGCGCGUGCAGCAUAUUACAGUAUUUGAGAUUUAGAAAGUUGGAAACGAAAACAUUUAUGAAACAUGUCGGCGUCGCCGUACUUUUCCAGCAAUAAUAUAGUAAUAUAAUUAAUAUAACGGCACAAUUUAUAACCAUUCAUCGGUGUAUUCCAUGAUAUAACACAUUUUAGUGUUAAAAAGGGAGUAUACACUGCUAAGCUACCAAGACAUCCGUUAGAAUUCACAGUUCACUCUUUGACUCUCGACGAACGCAAAGGUUACCUAACUGGCUCGUAUCAUUUAGGGGGGGGUCGAGGCCCACCAGGACGUUUGGUCAACCGAUAAACACCUCCAUGGAUCUCACCGAGGAACACCCUCCCCACACCACUAUAAGACAGGAGAACUUGGAGCAGGAACUGUCUGUCUCCUACGUCCCUUGUCAAGUGGAAAGUGGAGGAGCCUUCUCUCUUCAAGUGCUGGAGUUUAAAACCUGCCUUCUCGAGGCGGUCGAGGAGCUGCAGAUUCGAAGGGAUGCAGAGAUACGCUUUGGACAACAGAUCAAUAAGCUGGUUCUGGAGAAGCAGGAGCUUGAGUGGCAGAAGGAAGCUUUACAACAUCAGCUUGAAACGAUGAUAAAGCAGCACACAGAGGCCCUUGCCAACUUUAAAAAACAGUUUCAGGGAAAAAUGAUACUCAUUGAGGAGGAAAAGGGAAUACACCAACUUAUCACCCAGUCAAAAGACAAUGCCAUCAACGGCUUGAAAGAGGAGCUGAAGGCGCUCCAGCUGUCCUCGUACAGUUUUGAGAAGAAAUCAAGCGAGCUGGAGCAGAAGCUGGCCUUGCAGAGCAGGUCCAAGGACAGCCACCUGAGGCAGCUCCGGGAGGUGGAAAACCGUUUCGGGGGUCUCUCCAGGCUGUGUGCCGCCGUCAAGCAGGCCCAUAGCCGACUGGAGAGAGAUGUUGAUGAGGCCAUGAGAAUGAACAAGAAACUAACAUCCAUAAAUGAAAAGCAUGAAUCAACCAUCAACUCCUUCAUGCAGGAGUUGGAGGACACAAACAGCAAGCUUAUCAAGGUUCAGGUGUCGUCCAUGUUCGACCCAGGGAGCAGCCGUCUCACAGCCAAGGAGCAGCAUGCAGACCGGCUGAAGCAGCGCCUGCUGAUGGAGACAGAAAGGAACAGAAAACUGAAGGAGGAAAAUGCAACAGAACGAGCAGACAAGCAGGAGCUGAUGAGGUCUCUGCAGGUGGCCCAGCAGCUGUUGCAGUGCCAGACGUCAGCCCUGACCAGACUGGAGACGGAGCUACACCUGCUCACAGAGCAGCACCAGGCCCUUAAGCGGGACCACGAGGCGACGCGGGCGCAGGGCGACGCGGCGAAACACCGGGUGGCCGCUGUCACCGAGGACCACGCCACCAGCAGGACUCUCUGGGAGAAGGAGAGGGCUGUACUGCUGGAGAGUCUUGAGAGAGAGCAGCGGGAUCAUGGAUCAAUGAGGGCCACAUACGACCGGCUCUAUCAAGAGCAGUCCGGGCGGAGUUCACAGACGUCUCCUGGACCGGAAAUAGCAGAAGAUGGUAAAGCCCACGAUAUCACCACGCCACUCUGCCGCGCAGUGGAGGGCCGCACAGGGCCUGGUUCUCUUCUUGAAUCAAGCCCUGGCUCAGAGCUGCCUCGCCUGGGCAGUGAGGGAGGCUGUGUCCCUUCCCAGACUGGAGACCCAGACUCUGUUGUGGUCUCAGAUGAGUUAGCUGCCACCAGAGCAAUGAGGGGACAAGAGGGCUCACGUUACCAUCCAUCACUGCAGCCUUUUGAAUCAAGGAUCCCUAACUGUCUUGUUGCCACCCCGGUGGCCACAAGGAAUCUUGUUGGCCAGGACAGCCUUCACGGGCUAGGAGACAGCCAGACAGACAGCCUAAGCACUGAGGCACCUCGUCCUCUCACACAUGAAUGUGAUCCUGCGCUGCUUGCAGAUGUGAUUGAUAAUAACGUCUGUUUGUCAGACGUGGGUCUUCUGAAAAACCUCAAAAGCUUUAUAUCAGGCCCUGAGAACAGGUCUGUUUAUGAUGACGCAGACCUUGUAGGAGACAUGCUAACUGCACGGGAAAGACAACCAAGUGAGCAAGAAGCCAGCGCUUUACAGGCUGAGGGGACCAUGGAACACGGGGAAGUACCCAGCGCUUUACAGGGUGAGGGGACCAUGGAACACGGGGAAGGACCCAGCGCUUUACAGGUUCAGGGGACCAGGGAACACCGGGAAGGACCCAGCACUUUACAGGCUGAGGAGACCAGGGAACACCGGGAAGGACCCAGCACUUUACAGGCUGAGGGGACCAGGGAACACGGGGAAGGACCCAGCACUUUACAGGCUGAGGGGACCAGGGAACACCAGGAAGGACCCAGCACUUUACAGGCUGAGGGGACCAGGGAACACCAGGAAGGACCCAGCACUUUACAGGCUGAGGGGACCAGGGAACACCGGGAAGGACCCAGCACUUUACAGGCUGAGGGGACCAGGGAACACCGGGAAGGACCCAGCACUUUACAGGUUCAGGGGACCAGGGAACACGGGGAAGGACCCAGCACUUUACAGGCUGAGGGGACCAGGGAACUACGGGAAGGACUCAGUGGCAACAGGGUAGAUGGAUUCAGCAGACCAGGCAUUCACAGCUCGGGCCCAGAGGACGCUGGAGAGCGAUUGACGGAGGACGCCGUGGAAACCCGAGACGCAGUGCUGGAAGACGGAGAGGAGACAGACAGGACGAAAGCCGGACAAGAGGAGGAGGAGAGGAGGGACGUAGAAGCCGAGGGAUUAGGAUCGUUGGCACGCAGCCCAGGAACAGAGAUAGGGCGGGUGACGUCAGGCAAUAAGGCGCAGGGAGACGGAGAGCUCAGCGAUGCGCUGCAGGGCAUCGACCCUCCGGAGCACACCGAGCCCCUGCUGAGCACCUCGCGGCCCCCGGCCCCUCCCCUCCCUCUGGAGGUCAGCAGGAUCCGUGCUUACACAAGCAACCUGGCGACAGACAGUGGGGCUGGGGCCCCCGUGGCCCCCAAUGCGGGUCCACACCACUCCUGUGAUGUGGAGUCAGGCACAGCUUCUGACUGGGAAACCAGUUUGAAAGAGAGUGCACACCCCGUUGAUGUCCCACUAGAGCAUGGGAAUCAACCAACAAUGUGCUGUUUUACAUUAAGUUCCACAUUACCAGCCUACCCUCUGUCCGAUUCUACCAUCUAUCAGGAAUGUUCAGAGGCUCAGGACAUGGUCAAGAAUAAUGUUGGUAAUGUUGCUGACCAUUCCAAGACCGACAAGAAGAUUUCAGGGAGAUUUGACGAACCUGAGAAUGAAGAGAGUCUCACCGGGACCAGAGUGGUUGAAACACACCCUCCAAAUAAGGAGAAUAGUUACGUGGAAUCAACGUCCAAGGAGUUGAGUUCCUCUGAGAUUAGGGGCAACCAGAUCCCAGUGCGGUCCCCAGCUGAUGUUAAAGAUAAAACCAAGCGUGAGGCAUCUCCUGCAGACCUGAGUAAAGUGGUCACUGUGGACCCACCUCCAGCCCUACCUGCAGUGCCGUGCUCAGCCCUGCAGAACGAAGACACCAAAGAGGCCGACUUCGAUGUAAACACGACAGCUGGAGAAUCUGAGCCGCGGCGGCAGGUCAGAGGGGCUGAAGCAGCCCCGACCGAGGAGGUAGAUGAUCCCUCAGCCGAGCGUGUCUUGAAGCCAGCCGACCGUCCAAGUCACGAGUCCCCACCAAAGACCCACGGCUCCGUGGAUGGUUCUGUAGAUGCACACAUCCUUGACCAUUCCGUUCAUUGCGGCAACAAGAAAUUCCGCUCUUCAUUUGAAUGGACCAGUUUUCAGACCAAAAAAGGAUCCGCUGGACUUCCUCAGUUUCCUUCAUCCACUGCCACCAAUGUCAACCAGAACAGAGUGCCUGUGACAGCAGCCACAGCCUCAAGUCUUCCUGGUGCUCCCAGUGCCUCGCGGCGUCGGUCCCCUCAUAAGAGGGACCAGCGCGGGGACUGGAAGGCCAUCAGACAGACCUUCAGAGCCACAGCGGCAGAAGACGCCGAAGACGGAGGUCCGCAGUCAUUGAGCUUCCAACUCCUCCCUACCUCUGCCCCGAUGGAGAGUGGACAUGGUUCCACUACCAGCGCCACUCCUGGUCCUGGCACUGGUUCCAGCGCCGGAUUAGACUUGUUUCCUCCAAGCUCCCCGGAGAACCAACAGUCCUCUCUCCGAGCCCAGAUCUCCAGAAUCGAACAGUUCCUCUCGACAGACAGGCUACGCCUGGCCAAAAGACGACGAACCGAACAUUGAAAUCUCCUAAAUGCCUGACAUGGCUCACCCAUUUAAAGAUACUGUGGUAGUUCAUCCUCAUUUAAAGAUACUGUGGUAGUUCAUCCUCAUCUAAAGAUACUGUUGUAGUUCAUCCUCAUUUAAAGAUACUGUUGUAGUUCAUCCUCAUCUAAAGAUACUGUGGUAGUUCUUACUCACUUAAAGAUACUGUGGUAGUUCAUCCUCAUCUAAAGAUACUGUGGUAGUUCAUCCUCAUCUAAAGAUACUGUGGUAGUUCUUACUCACUUAAAGAUACUGUUGUAGUUCAUCCUCAUCUAAAGAUACUGUGGUAGUUCAUCCUCAUCUAAAGAUACUGUUGUAGUUCAUCCUCAUCUAAAGAUACUGUGGUAGUUCUUACUCACUUAAAGAUACUAUGGUAGUUCAUCCUCAUCUAAAGAUACUGUGGUAGUUCUUACUCAUCUAAAGAUACUGUGGUAGUUCUUACUCAUCUCAAGAUACUGUUGUAGUUCAUCCUCAUCUAAAGAUACUGUGGUAGUUCUUACUCAUCUCAAGAUACUGUUGUAGUUCAUCCUCAUCUAAAGAUACUGUGGUAGUUCAUCCUCAUCUAAAGAUACUGUUGUAGUUCAUCCUCAUUUAAAGAUACUGUUGUAGUUCAUCCUCAUCUAAAGAUACUGUGGUAGUUCUUACUCACUUAAAGAUACUGUGGUAGUUCAUCCUCAUCUAAAGAUACUGUUGUAGUUCAUCCUCAUCUAAAUAUACUGUGGUAGUUCUUACUCAUCUAAAGAUACUGUGGUAGUUCUUACUCAUCUAAAGAUACUGUGGUAGUUCUUACUCAUCUAAAGAUACUGAGGUAGUUCUUACUCAUUUAAAGAUACUGUGGUAGUUCUUACUCACUUAAAGAUACUGUUGUAGUUCCAUGGCCAGUCAUAUGGGGUUAUCUUUCAGCUGUUCAUUUAUCAUUAUACGGUAAUUCAGAUUUCAGUUAUCAUUAUUGUUCAAAUGUUUCAUUUCAAAGCAUAUGCACAAAGUAAAUGCACAUGUACACAUUCAAAUGUUUAAUAAAAAAUUAUAUAUUUAGAAUGUUAUGAUUAUAAUUAUUA